UUAUGUGCAUUUCUCAACCCUCACACAUACAAGAUACUAGCACUUAAUAAUUAACCUGAAAAACAACUAGUCCCUUUGAAAACAGAGCAUCCUCAGAAAAGCAGAAAUCAAGAAUGGAAUUCUGGAAGCUUUUUGUUGUUGCAUUAAUGCCAGUUCUUAAGGUGUUGUUGAUUACUGUUCUUGGAACAUUUCUAGCACUUGAUCGUUUGGAUAUACUCAGUAGUGAGACUGCAAGAAAAAACUUGAAUACCAUUGUAUUUUUUGUCUUCCUUCCCGCUCUUGUUUGUGGCAGCCUAGCUGAAACAGUAACAUCAAGGAGCAUCAUUACAUUGUGGUUUAUGCCAUUGAAUAUUCUUCUCACAUUUAUAAUUGGGGCAGCUCUUGGAUGGUUACUUGUUAAAUUGAUGAGAGUUCCUCAUCAUCUUCAAGGCCUUGUCUUGGGCUGUUGUGCUGCAGGAAAUCUAGGAAAUUUGCCCCUAAUUAUUGUCCCAGCUGUAUGUAUACAAAGAGGCAACCCUUUUGGAGACGCGGAUAGUUGUCAUAGAAAGGGACUUGCUUAUGCUUCUCUAUCGAUGGCGAUAGGAACCGUUUAUAUAUGGUCAAUUGUGUACAACAUUGUACGUAUAUAUUCAAGCAAGAUUACCAAUGAAGUUAAAGUUGAUGAUUCCAUGAUUAGUCCAGAUUCUGCAUUAGAAAAUGAUCCAGAAAACAUUUCAAAAGAUAGGCCACACACAAAUCAUGUGAAGCAAUUUGAAAUUGAAUUUACAAAUUCUAUUGAACCAACAAAGGAACCAAAAAAUGAAAAGAUUAUGAAACAACUAAAAGUAUUAGCAGAAAAGAUGAAAUUGAAGGCACUAUUUGCACCGGCCACCAUUGGAGCGAUUGUUGGUUUAAUAAUUGGCGUUGUUCCUAUAUUUAGAAAAAUCUUGAUUGUAAACAAUGCUCCUCUUGGUGUUAUUCAAGACUCUCUAGUCAUGGUGGGGGAUGCAGGUAUUCCUGCAAUGACCUUGUUGGUUGGAGCAAAUCUUAUAAAGGGUUUAAAAGGAUUAGGAAAGCAAUUUCCAAUUGUUGUUGGUAUUAUUGUGGUUAGAUUUAUAGCCUUGCCAGCAAUAGGUAUAGGAAUUGUUAAAGGUGCUAUUCAUUUUGGGUUGAUCCAUCCUGAUCCAUUGUAUCAGUUCAUUUUACUCCUUCAAUUUGCUCUUCCACCUGCAGUAGCCAUGAGUACAAUUACUCAAUUAUUUGGAGCUAGUGAGGGUGAAUGCUCAGUUAUUAUGUUGGCAACUUAUUCUUGUGCUGCAUUUUCACUUACACUAUGGAGCACAUUUUUUAUGUGGCUUGUACUAUAAUUAUUUUAAACUUAAGAUCCAUUUUCAUGCUCUAGUAUUCUAUUCGAAGACGUAAAUGAUAUAGAGUAUACCUAAAUUAAUUGAUUUUUGGCAAACCUUUGGUAAAGACAAAUUAGUGUUAUAAGCUCAAGUUAUUAUGUAGUUUAUCUGUCAUAGGCUACUUUUUAUCAAACAUAGUCUGAGUUUGAAAUAUUUGGUAAAAUUUGUAAUUGAACAAACUAAUAAAUAUAAAAUAACAUGAAAAUA